GUUGCUUCUUAGUGCAUCAGGACCUGGCACCAAUUGUUGCCAAGUAAAUCAUGAUCUCCAUAAUAUUUGUAAGUUUGGUGGCCACCGCUUUCAUUGAACUCGCAACUGCGCAGGCGCAAAGACCGAUCGACCCAAUACCUAUAAUUAAAUAUGAAUCAGAUGGGCCUAAUCCUGACGGAUCGUACAAAUGGCUAUAUCAAUCGGGAAAUGAGAUUAAUGCAGAAGAAUCCGGGUACGUAAAGAACUUCGGCAAGGGGGAAGGGCAAGAAGUUCAAGUCGCUGAGGGCAAGUUUAGCUACAAGGCUCCAGAUGGUUCACCCAUCUCACUUCAAUAUAUAGCUGAUGAGAAUGGAUUCCAGCCACAAGGUGCUCAUCUGCCGACUCCACCGCCAAUUCCUCCUGCAAUCCAAAGAGCGUUAGACUAUUUGAAGACGCUCCCUCCCACUGCUGCUUCUGCGCCUAGUGGGCCCCGCCAACGCGCAUUUUUCUAACCAAUUCAUCGCUAAUUUAUAGAAAAAUCGAGUCUAAGUGUAUUAUAGAGAUGGUAUUUCAGAUAACCUAUUACAAUAACUUGGCCUUGACAAUAAUCGAGAUAGGUACAUGCACACAAAACCAAAUAUGGAUGUCAGUUCAAAGUAAUGCUAUUAUCGAUCUAGUUAGGCGAAUGUUUUUUGCAAUAAUAAAGUUCAUCGCAUGAUAUCAUCAUUAUAAUAUAAUAUUAUUUUCAUCACACUAGAAUAUUUAACGUCGGCAUAAGUAUCAUGAAUUGAAGAGUGUGUGUUUACGAAAUUAUACGUGACGCUACCUUGAGCACCUUUCCUAAAGUAUUGAAUUCAAAAAGUAUAUCGUAUUUUUUGUGCCGUGAUAAUCAACGGUGAAAAUAUAAAAAAAUAACGUAUACUUCAUAAUCCAACAACAGAUUCUAUGUUUUACACGGAAUAACUGAAACAACAGCUGAAAAUCAUUGCAUCCAUAAUA